AAUAAUUUCUUAUAUUUUCUCCUGGCGGCAAUUCAAUUUCCCGGCAAUACAGUUAUGGGCUCCCGCCAUUUUCUCGCCGGAGAUAAUUGGCGGAGUUUUCAAGCUCUUUUUAAAACAAACCCCUAACCUUCUAUGGCAUCAGCUGUUUUAACCGGCAGAAAUGAACCGCACUGGGAUAAACCGAAUGCCUAUAAAAGGAAAUAUACAACUAAUCCCACUGCUCAUUCUCAGCUCCACAGUCGAUUCAACCCUAACCCUAACCCCAAUUAUAACCUUCAAAAAUUUUCAACCAUGUCCCAUCUUCGGCAAGUCAAUGAUCCACUCCCAAGGGCUGCUCCGUCUCCGGCAAUAAUGGCUAGCAAUAAUGUGCCGUUCAAUUGGAAACCAAAUGCUGUUGAUGAUGGAACCGACUCAUUUCACAGAGUGUAUGUGACUUUCAAUUUGGCUUCUUAUUCGAGAAGCGAGUUGAAGGACCUUAAGAAGAGGCUAAGCUCUGAUCUAGAUCGGGUCCAAGGACUUCUAGACAGGAUCGAAACUCAAGAUUUCGUCCCCAGGACAUCUUUUCAUGCCAGAGAAGUCAUACAGCCACCGAUGGCACCACCGCCUCAAUCGGCAUUGCCCCCCAAUGUCAGUAGGCAGCAUCGCCAACCUGAUUUAGUUGGUAAAAAGAGCAAGAAGCACGCUGGAAAAAAGAGACCAAGAACAUUAGACUUGGGGAAAGAUCCUGAACGGCCAGUAGUGGUGGAAGGCGAUAAGUUCUUUGUAAAUAUGAUGAAGACGUGCCGGCAGAUAUUGGUGAAAAUAAUGAAGAAAAAAUACGGGCGUGUGUUUAAUGCACCAGUGGAUGUUAAGGGUUUGAAUCUUUAUGACUAUCAUGAUUUCAUCAAGCAUCCCAUGGAUCUCGGAACUGUGAAAUCAAGACUGGACAAAAAUGAGUACAGAACGCCACAAGAUUUUGCAGCUGAUGUGAGGCUUACAUUCACCAAUGCCAUGACUUAUAACCCAAAAGGCCAGUAUGUGCAUAUUGCGGCUGAGGAGUAUCUUGGUAUCUUUGAAGAGAUGUUCAAACCAGCGUAUGAGAAGUAUGAAGCUGAGCACCAUAAAGUUGCCACUAUUAUGCAGGUGAAUCACCAGAAGAAUCUGUCUCAGCCUGCACCAAAUGCUAAGCGUCCACCGUUGCCAGUUGUAAAGAAAUCAGGAUCUGUGCGGUCACAUUCCACUUUGUUGAAUCAACACCAAUCUCAUAUCCACUCUUUCAGUGCACCUGUUGCACCUUUUUUUGCAACCCCUGCUUCAAAAUCUCCUCUACUGCCUGUUGUUGAGAUGACUAGGUCAGCUAAGAUGCCCAAGCUGAAGGCUAAGGAUCCGAACAAAAGGCUUAUGACCGAAGGUGAAAGGGACAAGUUAGGGAAUGAGUUGCAGAAUCUUCCCCCAGAGAAUAUGGAACAUGUCGUGCAAAUUGUGAAGAGGAAAUUCCCUAAUCUUACACAGGAUGGGAAUGAGGUUGAGCUCGACCUUGAGAUCAUGGACAAUGAAACACUGUGGGAACUGGAUAGAUAUGUUAUUUCCCAUAAGGAGGCUAUGAGCAAGAUUGAGAGACCAGGAGUCACAGAAAAUGCCGCGGCCGUACUGCUCAACAAGUCGCCUGAGAAGGCACCAACACCAGAACAUGCAAUGCCUGAAAUCAAGAAAGUGGACGUUGUGGAGGAGGAUGUUGAUAUUGGUGAGGAAAUACCAGGUGAAAACUUUCCUCCUGUGCAGAUCGACAAGGAUCCAAGCAGCUCUAGCGGCUCAAGUUCUGGCAGUGGUUCUUCUUCCGGUGAUUCAGGAAGUUCUUCUGGGAGUGAUUCUGAUGAGGAUAGUGUACAGUCACCUUAUGUUGAAGCAGCACAAGAAGCUCCUACAACCUAAGCCAUUAAUGGGUUUGAAUAGUGCUAUGGUGCUUCUGUUAGUAUUUUCUCUGGCUGCUUUUUGUGCAUCUGUUUUAGCAGCACAGAAGAUAUCACAGUUUGGCUGGGUUUUAGCUUUUAAGAAGUAUGACUAGUUCAGGAUUAGGAAAUUGAGAGGUUUUAGCUAACUACAGAGUAGUGGUAGGUAGGAUGUUACAAAUGGGGGACCGACAACAAACAUUAUGGGUUUAUUUUUUGCUUGUAUACAGAACACCUGCUGAUUCAGUGUUUAGUAAGGAUAGAAGAAGUAACUUGUACAGUGCAGACUGAUGACUGAGUUUGUAGAACAAAGCUGUAGUCUCUAUGAACCCCAAGAAGUAAUCUCAUAUGGAUCUUCUGUUUCAA